AUGCGUACAUUCCUUGUGUUCCUGUUCGUUGUGUCCACUCGAGCUUUGGAGCCGCCUCAAGCCGUCAGAAUCCUGCAAAAUCAUCUGGAUCAGUUCAAAAACGCGAUUGACAACCGCGACGCGCGCGCACUUUUUCUUCUUUUCCGCCCGCAAUCCGGUCAGUUCGGCUGUGGCUGUGUGAAUCGCUGAAAAAUCGCCGAAUUUUUUAAGGCGACGUGCUCCUCGCCGACGCGCUCUUCAAAAUGUACGAAGGCGCGGUGUUCACCGUCCAGAAUGCCGUGCAGGACGUCAAAAAUCAGCGAAUCGAGGGCGACGUGUGGGUGUACACGAUGUCGAUGCCCGCCGGAACUCACUAUCGUGCCGUCAUCAAAGGGGUACACUUUUGGAGUGCUUUUUUUUGUGGAAAAAACUCACAGAGCGUUUUGAAUUGCAGGGCAAGCCGAUGAGUCCGACGAGGUACGAGAUUCAGAGCAUGCGACUUGUCCGAUUGGGAAAGUAG